AAAAUGUCUCAACCAACACUCAAACUCGGAGGACGUCCAAACACUGGAUCCAACAACAAUGAUUAUGUGAUCGCCAAUCCUGUAAUGUCGGCAACUCUAGUAGAUAUGGGCUUUUCUAGAUACAAAUCUAAUAGAGCGCUUCAAAUGGUUAAUAAUGUUUCUAUUGAUCAAGCAAUUCAAUAUAUUUAUGAUCACUUUGCUGAAUUGGAUCAAGAGGAAAUUAUGGAUACUUCUUCAACAACAACAACAAGCACUCCUGUAACAACCAAUCCGACUCCAGUAGUAACAACAUCUUCUGAACCUGUAAAUAAUCAACCAUCAUCAAUUUUAAACUCUGGUGGUAGUAUUCCUGUUAUUUAUACAAAUCCAAACAAAUUGAAAGGAGAUUCUGUUGAAGCUAAAUUAGCUUUUGCAGAAAGAGAAAGAUUGAAAGAACAAGAAAGAAUCAGAAAGGAAAAAUUGGAAGAAAAGAAGAGAGUAAAGGCUUUGAAAGAUGCAAUGAAAAAGGAAAAGGAAGAAAAACAAGCAAGAUUGAGUGGAUCUUCAUCUUCUGCUAGUAGUUCAACAGCUUCUUCUUCUUCAACAGUAACUCCAAAGCCUUCUGAAAGUUCUGCAACAUCAGCACUCAUUCAAGUUAGAUUACCAAGAGGUAGUACUGAAAAGAUUCAACUCAAUACUCCUGGAACUCUUGCUGAUUUGUUCAAAGCUGUUUCUUCACAUUUGGAUUCUAAUGAAGCAUAUAGUAUCUUGACUCCAUUCCCUCGUAAAGAAUAUUUCGAGGAAGAUUGGCAAAACACAACUCUUGAUCAAGCUGGAUUAGUUCCAAAAGGUUCUGUAAUUCUACAAUUGACUAAAAACAAAGGCGUAGUUAUCAAAUCAGAUACAACAAUGCCAACAACCACAAUGCCUGUAGACGAUGGAAGUGAUAGUGGAGAUGAGGAACCAACUUUACCAGUAACUGGUGGUAGAACAACUGGUGGACAUGUUUUGGGAGGUCAUACAAAGCCAAUUGACGAAGAACCAGCCCUUAAUGCUAUUUUGAAGGGAAAUUCAAAUUUCAAUAAGGAAGCUUAUACUUUGCUUUUAUGUGAAAAACAAUGGAUUUUGUCCAAGUCUGAAAGUAAUGAGCAAACAGGUACUACUGUUUAUAGACAUUUGGGAGAUUCAAACUUGGGCUCUAGCUCUCUUAGUGAAUGUAUUUUAUACUCUUCCCACGGUCACGUCAGUAUGUCAAACCAUGGAGAAACGAUGGUCGGAACUUGGAGAUUUGUAGAACAACACGGUGGUGUACAUAUUGAAUUAACUUAUCAAAAUAUGGCUCAAAAUUUAAUUAUUGAAUCAAUUACAAAUGAAUGCUUGAUUUUGAAGAGAAGUAAAAAUUAAAUUUCACUAAUAUCAAUUACAUGCAUAUCUUCAAAUGUUAUUGGUUCAUAAAGUUCAUUAUUAUCAACCCCAAUCUUAAAUUGACCUUCACUAUUCCUGUUCAACUCAAAAAUUGAAAAUAAAUGCUCUACUGUCUUCGUU